UGGCUGUUUUGUUUUCUUGGCUGAAAACUAGGAGAAAGUGAGGCAGCCCCGCGCAGCGCGACACCGGGCUCGGGACCGACUGCACGGACGGGGCUGGACUGACCUGAAAAAAAAUGUCUGGAUUUCUAGAAGGCUUGAGAUGCUCAGAAUGCAUUGACUGGGGGGAAAAGCGCAAUACUAUUGCUUCCAUUGCUGCUGGUGUUCUAUUUUUUACCGGCUGGUGGAUUAUCAUAGAUGCAGCUAUCAUUUGUCCAACUAUGGAAGAGUUCAACCACUCAUACCAUGCCUGUGGUGUUAUAGCAACCAUAACCUUCCUGAUGAUUAAUGCAGUAUCAAAUGGACAAGUCCGAGGUGACAGUUACAGUGAAGGUUGCCUGGGUCAAACAGGGGCUUGCAUUUGGCUGUUCAUUGGAUUCAUGCUGGCAUUUGGGUCUCUGAUUGCAUCUAUGUGGAUUCUCUUUGGAGGCUAUGUUGCUAAAGAAAAGGCCAUCGUAUACUCUGGAAUUGCUGUAUUUUUUCAAAAUGCCUUUAUCUUUUUUGGAGGACUGGUGUUUAAGUUUGGCCUCACUGAAGCCUUAUGGCAGUAAGAGCAUCCAGUUUGCUUCUGCUCGCAGCCCCGUGUGGG